AUGUACAGCGUCUCCGUGGGAAGUAUGGUUCGUAUUUACUACUUGACCUUACUUGCGACGAACCCCGACAUCAACUGGGUGAUGGGUGACGUAUACCUAUGGUCUACCAUUGAGCCCUGCAUCGGCAUUGUUUGUGCAUGUCUACCCACGCUGAACGCACUGCUUCGAAGAACCACGAAGCUCGUUCUCGGAUCCAACGCCGAGCGACUAUUCGGUAGCUUCUCGCUAUCGGCUUCUAGGAGGAAACGGCGUGAUAAGUCGCAGAGCAAAAGUCGUUCGUUUCAACAGUUAGACGGGAAUGAAGCCACUCCGAAUGCCCAAUUGCGACCGGAGGAUGAGAUAGUGCUGACGACCGUUUCGGCUCAUAUAAAACACGAUUUUGAUUGGAGUGAGGAUCAUCCUUGA